AUGGACUCUUUUGACAGUCCGCUCGCCUCGCCCACGAAGGCACGCCAGGCUGCUAUGCAAGCUAAGGACUGGGCGUACGUUAAUUCAUGGCUCGCGCGGAAAUACGCGCCCAAACCUACACCCCAAUUCGAACGAAAUGAAGACACUCUUCGCGUUCUCCUGACACUGGCCGCGGCCAAUGACGCGGCAGAUGAAGAAGCAAAUAUCCAGCAUCGUGCACGGGAGGAAGCGAUCCAGGCCUUCAAGGCCCGGGAGGAUGCAGAGCGCAAAGACCCCCACGAGCGACAGAAGAACGAGAUUCUAGCUGAAGUGGAAAUGUGUCUAGACGACAAAGGGAAGCGCGAUCUUGAUGACUUAGCCGAGUCAGCGGUUGUAAUGGGCAAUACACUGAAUCCCGAGCCAGAGGACCUGGGUCAGUCGAUCGUGGAGCUGACGGCAGAGGAUUUUGACGCACAAGAUCAAAUAGCCAAGGUUGAAACACUGCGUCUGUACCUGCAGAAGGAGCUUUCUCGCCUUCAAGCUGACCUGGAAGAGCUCAAGUCAGACCAGACUUAUAGCAUGCCCAAGGGCAUCCAGGCCCAGACCUCGGAGUGGAUCCGUGGCACCAAAACGCUAUCUACGAAAGUUGGGGAGUAUCAGGAUCGCAUUGCUUCGUUGGAAAGGUAUCAGCCACAAGGCCCUACGAUUGAACAACUGAUGGCGGAAGAAGAGAGUGUCAUUCGGGUUCAAGAAACAGUCAAAUCACUGGAAGGGCGAGUAAGGGCAUUUCAUAAUCUCCCUACGGACAUUCCAGGGGCGCGGGCCAGGUACAAGGAACUUGAGCGGGAACUAGAUCAGCUUAAUCGGCAGCGCGAUACAAUGUUUGGCAGCCUGGUAAGACGAUGA